GCAGUCCUCUUCUGUCCUGAAGGAAGAAAUCCAGGUGAAGAAAAACCAUGCCUUUGUUCAGUAAAUCGCACAAAAAUCCUGCCGAGAUUGUGAAAAUCCUGAAAGAAAACAUGGCCAUAUUGGAAAAACAAGAAAAAAAGACAGACAAGGCAUCGGAGGAAGUGUCAAAAUCUCUGCAAGCAAUGAAGGAAAUUCUGUGUGGGACCACGGACAAGGAACCACCUACAGAAAUUGUGGCCCAGCUGGCGCAAGAACUGUAUAACAGUGGCCUUCUAGUGACUCUUAUUGCCAACCUGCAGCUGAUAGAUUUUGAGGGCAAAAAGGACGUUUCCCAGAUAUUUAACAACAUCUUGAGAAGACAAAUUGGCACACGCAGCCCUACUGUGGAAUACAUUAGUGCCCAUCCACAUAUCCUAUUCAUGCUUCUAAAAGGGUAUGAAUCCCCAAAUAUUGCCUUACGCUGUGGAAUUAUGCUGAGAGAAUGCAUCCGGCAUGAGCCCUUGGCCAAAAUCAUACUUUUUUCAGAACAGUUCAGAGACUUUUUUAAAUAUGUGGAAAUGUCAACAUUUGAUAUAGCUUCUGAUGCCUUUGCCACAUUCAAGGACCUGUUAACACGACACAAACUGUUGGUAGCAGAAUUUCUGGAACAAAAUUAUGAUGCA